AUGGCCGAACUCAUCGGCAUGAAUCCUGCCACACUUAACAUCUUUUCGACGCGACCAAAUGCCAAGAAAAAACGUAAAUCGCGCACAGCGUUUACCAAUCAUCAAAUCUUUGAGCUCGAGAAACGUUUCCUCUACCAAAAGUAUUUAUCACCCGCCGAUCGUGAUGAAAUUGCAGCGGCCCUAAGUCUAUCCAAUGCUCAGGUGAUCACUUGGUUCCAGAACCGACGAGCCAAAUUGAAGCGUGACAUGGAGGAGCUGAAGAAGGACGUUGAGAGCGUGAAACAAUUACCCGACCAGUCAGCAGAUAUCAACAGCCACCAAUACCAGUCGGCGUGCCGCCAGCGCCUACAGCAACAUCAACAACACCUAAUGGCCACGCUCAACAACCACCACAAUUUGGCGCACCACUUGCUCCCAAUAUCGCCUUUAUCCUGCCUGCAAUCACAGUCACCCACACAACACCCGCAUCAGCAACAGCAAUUAGGUCAAUACCAGCACAAACACAUGAGCAACUUGAGCCAAAUGCAAUCAAUGUCUCCAAUGAAAUUGCAGUCAGCAACAGAAGCGUCAGCAGCGCACGCCAUGGCAACUACAGCGAAGAAGCGAGAUCGAACAGCCGCACAGCCACCGAUGGUGGCGCAUUUCAGACAAGGCUGCAACAACUCAACAGUAGCCGAGGAUAAGAAAGAGCUGAAAAUGCUAAAAAUGAUGACACUGAUGUACUACACCAGUCGCGCACAGGCCGAUGCUGCAUCUGCGGAGGGCAUCGCAGUAUGUGCCGAAACAGUUGGUAAGGGCAACAGCAACGGCAACGGCAGCAACAACUGUGGCAUACAUGUCGACCGCACGCCGUGCAAAUUCAAUGGCAAUUAGUAGACCCUUUUAUCCAAUUACUUGAAGAAAGAAUCUGUAUUAGCCCAAUUUGUAAAUUAUAUUUUAAUAUUAUAUAAUAAUGAGUGCAUACAUGCGUAUGUAUGUAUGUACGCUCGCAUGUACAUAGUAUGGUGAAGUAAGAAACGUUGUACUAAACGUAGAUGUAGGUAGAAAUAUGAUGACGUAAUAAGGAAGGUAGAGGUGUGCACACUCAGCGACAGAUAUGAGGAAACAGUUACUAUGCCAAUUGCCAAAAUGUAAAUUAUACAUACAUACAUACAUAUUAUACUUGCAUGUGUACGAGUAUAAAUUGAAAAAGUAGGUCAUUAAGCUCUGCACUUAUGCCAUAGCAAGCGUAUAGUGGGUCAAAAUAAUAUUCCUCGCCUACUCUGUGGAACUUUUACCACCAAAUUUUGUAAUUUUUUGUUACUUAAGAUAAUGGCAAACAAGUAUUCAUCGAUGUCGAAUAUUGAACGUUUGAGAGAAGAUCGCACAAAUCGCGGUACUGCUUAUCAGUCCUCAGUAAACUCGUCGAGCUAAUCUAAUUUUAAAGUUUCCUUUUUUCAUUUUUGCUGUACAAAGAACUCCUUUAUUUCUAUUUUUGCAGGCUUACAUUAACCUAAAAAAUUGUAGUGUAAUAGACGGUUGUUACGCGGAUUAGUGAACAGCUGAUUUGCUUAUGGGAUAGUUUUGUCAGUAAAAGAUAGACCGCACGCAACAAAUCGGGUAUUCGCUGCCCCUAAUAGAAAUAAUUAUUUAUUUACAAAAAAUCUUGAAUUGCAAUUUCUCAAACUGCUCCGAAGUGUACCAGCUACUCUUAGUUAAGCCAUUUUGUUUUAAGUGCAAGCCCAUUGAUCUGGCUGACACUUAUAUCCCUAAGAUAAUCAAUCCAAACCUAGUGGCAUGUCACGCGAGACAGUGACAGACCAGACUCUUACUCUUCCUCAUUCUUGCAGCUUCUGCAAUAGUCGAACUGAGGUACGUUCAAUCUUUGAGACAUAGAGACGUUUUUCCUUGACCGAUUAGGAAGCGACUUUGAGCGCGUGAGCGCAUCUCGUUUAGGUCAAAUUCUUUUUGUGGCUGUACAUGUCAGACUAUCAAUCCGAUUUCGUGUUGGUUGAAGUGACUAUGCUACUUUCACCACGCUGUGGUUGUACCCUCUCGCUAAUUUGUCUGCCUUACAAUUCCUGGUAUAUCACUAGGCCCUGGCACCCAUAUCAAAUAGAUGCGGAAGUAUUCCGCCAUCUUGUUAAGUGGUGCCCGGCAUUUACGGGCAAUGAUGGAAUUAGUGGCAACCCCAUCAAGAGAUUUAAUCGCCACUUCACUAUCAGAGGAUAUGUAAACUACUCUCAAGAUAGUCACAUUUUUGUUUAACCAGACAAAAUGGGAAUGGGAUGACUUCCACUUGGGUUCAGGACUUAUGUGGAAAGAGCCCUAGAGGAGGCACUACGCGGACGUGGCACAGAUGAAAGUUAAAUGAAAAUUCUUCAAACGGAUGGGCAGGUAGCGAACUGGCGAUGAUGAUGUGGCGUGUUUGGAAAAUGAGGUCUUGUUUGGCAGUGGGGAAAAUGGAAGUGGGUCAAUAAUGAUAAAAGGGCACAAGAGUGCAAAUAAGGCAUGUAAUUUAUGCUUCACCAGUGGUAUAAUGGACAUCACAAAGGAAAACGAUAUGCAAUUUAAUGGCUGAUCCUACGAAGUGAUGCCGCUCAGCUAUCAUUUCCAAUCUACUCAUUGCACGUGCGCGUGGUGAUGCUACUAACCCUGACUGGACCUGAUUAUCAAUGGUGUAAUGGACCACAAUUUAACCAGCGUGUUCUUGAAAUGAACACUUGGUAAAGUGGUUACAUUUUCGUACAAGUUAAAGAUCGCAAGCAUACUGCCCUCAACAACAAACCUUUUUGCACCGAUAUUGGCCCCACUAAAAAUAUGUGGCAUAUUUUAGAGCAGACAUUUAAAGAUCAUUGCACUCAUAGUGGACCGAAUGGAAUCAAUGCCUUGAAUGCCUAUUUUCCCCACUUUUUAUAUGGAGUCGUAGCACCUUCCAUAUAUGAUUGACGAUUACUCAGAUUAUGAUUUUUUAUGUUGAAGAUAUCGAUGCUUAGCAAACUCCUGACUUUCUUGGCUUAAUGGCGAAAUAAACAUAAUCUUGUGCAAUGCGUCCCCCGUGUCGGUUGGGAAACGCUUAGAUCGUCACUUGAGCACCUGUCCUACAUCCAGAAGAACAGUUUAAUAGUUUUUGUUGAAAUAUUUGUAUUCAAGUUACUCCAGCCGGACAGAUAGAAGUGUAAUUGUGUAAUUUACAAUGGAGAAGAAGCUGGCUUUUAUAUGAAUGAACGAAUUAAGAUGGAAUGCAAUACGUACUUCAAUUUGUAUAAAAUAUUAUGAAUUCUGAAAAAGCAGUUUUAGAGAAGGUGAACUCAAGCCUAAAAAAACUAAAAGAAAAAAUAAAAAAACACUUUUGUGUUUGAAUGAGAAUGAGAUGUGAGUGCUGGUGCCACUUACCAAGAAGUAGCACAUGGGCCUAACAAAUAGAUGGCACUAGUUUUAUUGCAUUCAUCUAUUUUUCAGUUAGUACUAACCUUAAAGAGACAGCUUCUAACAUUUCAUGAUAUUCUAUUGAUUAGUUCGUGAGUUAUUGUGCUAUUAAAACACGAAAAUUUUUUUUUUGAGCCAUUGUUUUGAAUAUAACAAAAGUAGCGUCACCCACUUUCGCUAUAUUCAAAACAAUGGAUCAAAAAGAGUUUCGUGUUUUAAUUCUGCACUGCUUCUUGAUGAGAAAAAAUACAGUUCAAGUAAAGUAAUUGCUUGAAAAGUGUUGUGGGGUCUGCGCUCCAUUACUAACAACAAGAAAACGAUGGUGUGCUAACGUGAAACGAGGUCGGUGAGAUACCGAGACACCGAUGAUGCACAAUGCAGUGGACGUCCAAAUGAGGCGGCAACACCAGGAAACAGUAAACAUAAAAAAAUCACAACAUCGUUUUGAAUGAUCGAAAAAUGAAAAUGCGCGAGUUAGUUGACAUCGUAAAGAUAUCAAAAUAAUUAUAUUGCAUGAGCAUAGGACUUUGAGAAAGCUCUGUUGAAAGUGCCGCGUUUGCUCACUUUUAAGACAACGCACCGCGCCACAAGUCAGUCAAAUCAAUGACAAAACUACAUAAAUUUAAUUUCGAAUUGCUCCCACAUCCACCGUAUUCACCAGAUUUUGCUCACAGCGACUACUGGCUGUUCGCAGACCUAAAAAAUGCUCACUGGUAAGAAAUUUCGCUCGUCAGAGAAGAGGUUAUCGCUGAAAUUGAGACCUAUUCUGAGGCAAAAGCUAAAAAGUUCUACAAAAAUGGUAUUGAAAUGUUAGAGCGGCGCUGGAAUGAUUGCAUUGUUCUUAAUGGAAAUUACAUUGAUGAGUGAAGCUAAUUUUGAACAACAAAAAAGGUAUUUUCUUUGUUACUCCCGGGACAUUUCAGCAAAUGUGUUAUAAUAGCAUUAAUAAAAAGUUAAGGGAUUUCGUCUAAAUAUUAAAAUAACGACUUUGGGACUUUGUACUUUUACUUGGUGACGAAUUAUUGAAUUAGUACAAGCCAUGAGACGGCUGCACUUUUGGCCUUGAAUUGAAUUGUUUUUUAUUUAUAAAACUUUCUUUUGUAAAGCUUUUUUAGUCUUAACCUUUUGGAUUUUUAAUUUGUGUACAAAGGAGGCGAAGUAUUCAGUUGUUAAGAUUUGAGAUGUAAAAACUUUAAUCCACUAUUGUGUUUUUACUAUUGAAGCUUAACCAUAUAAAGAGCGUGAAAUACUUUUUUGACCCACUGUACGUCGUUAUAAGUGCUUAAUAAGUUAAGGAAUAAACUCUAGAUACAAAACAUAUUUGUCUGUGUACAUACAUAUACAUAAAUAUGUAUGUAAAUAUAUAUUAGAUUUCAUUAUUGAGCAUCAUUGUGAUUUUCCCUUUUAAUUUAUUUAAAUGGAUAUGUAACAAAUAUAA